AUGGAUGCAGGAGAAAACAGAACGGUACCGCCAGAGAAUCUAAAGAAACAACUCGCAGUUUCAGUUAGAAACAUUCAAUGGAGUUAUGGAAUUUUUUGGUCUGUCUCUGCUUCUCAACCAGGAGUGUUGGAGUGGGGAGAUGGAUACUACAAUGGAGACAUUAAGACAAGGAAGACGAUUCAAGCAGCUGAAGUCAAAACCGAUAAGUUAGGUCUUGAGAGAAGCGAACAACUUAGAGAGCUUUAUGAAUCUCUAUCCGUCGCUGAAUCUUCAACUUCCGGUGGCUCUCAGGUCAGUAGACGAGCUUCCUCCGCCGCUCUCUCCCCGGAGGACCUCACCGACACCGAGUGGUAUUACUUAGUCUGCAUGUCAUUCGUCUUCGACAUCGGUGAAGGAAUCCCCGGAGGAGUGUUAGCAAACGGAGAACCGGUGUGGCUUUGUAACGCUCAAACCGCCGAUAGUAAAGUCUUCACUCGUUCUCUUCUCGCUAAAAGUGCUUCGCUUCAAACAGUGGUUUGCUUCCCGUUUCUUGGAGGAGUUCUUGAGAUCGGCACGACCGAACAUGACUUAAACGUGAUACAACGCGUGAAGACAUUGUUUCUUGAAGCUCCACCUACAUAUGCUACAAUAUCAUCAAGAUCCGAUUAUCAAGAAAUUUUCGAUCCUUUAAGCGACGACAAAUAUAUCCCGGUGUUUGGAUUUGAAGCUUUUCAGACAACUUCCACAAGCGGAUUUGAGCAAGAACCUGAGGAUCAUGAUUCGUUCAUCAAUGGUGGUGGUGCGUCUCAGGUGCAAAGCUGGCAAUUUGUUGGUGAAGAACUUAGUAAUUGCGUUCACCAAUCGCUUAAUUCAAGCGAUUGCGUCUCGCAGACGCUUGUUGGGACAACCGGGAGGAUCGCUUGUGAUCCAAGAAUAAGUAGGGUUCAAAAAUUAGGUCAGAUCCAAGAACAGAGUAACCGUGUAAAUAUGGACGAUGAUGUUCAUUACCAAAGUGUGAUCUCGACGAUUUUCAAAACGACACAUCAACUAAUUCUUGGGCCGCAGUUUCAAAACUUCGAUAAGCGGUCAAGCUUCACGCGGUGGAAACGCUCAUCAUUUGCAAGAACAAUGGGAGAGAAAUCGCAGAAGAUGUUAAAGAAGAUUAUUUUCGAGGUUCCUCGGAUGAAAGAAAAUGAAGUAUUGUUACCGGACACACCUGAAGAUAGCGAGAUUAAGGUCGGGGAUGAAACGGCGAACCACGCCUUGUCCGAGAAGAAACGCCGCGAGAAAUUGAAUGAUCGGUUCAUGACAUUGAGAUCACUCAUUCCUUCGACUAGUAAGAUCGAUAAAGUGUCGAUACUUGAUGAUACGAUUGAGUAUCUUCAAGAACUUCAAAGACGGGUUCAAGAAUUGGAAUCUUGCAAAGAAUCUACCGAUACAGAGAUGCGAAUGACGACAAUGAAGAGGAAGAAACCAGAGGAUGAAGAUGAAAAAGCAUCAGCAAAUUGUAUGAACAACAAGAGAAGGGAGAGUGAUGUGAAUGUAGGCGAAGAUGAACCGGCUGAUACCGGUUAUCCUGGUUUAACCGAUAAUUUAAGGAUCGGUUCGUUUGGUAACGAAGUAGUUAUUGAGCUUAGAUGUGCUUGGAGAGAAGGGAUAUUGCUUGAGAUAAUGGAUGUGAUAAGUGAUCUCAACUUGGAUUCUCACUCGGUACAAUCCUCAACCGGAGACGGCUUACUCUGCUUAACCGUCAACUGCAAGCAUAAAGGGACAAAAGUAGCCACAACAGGAAUGAUCCAAGAGGCACUUCAAAGAGUUGCAUGGAUAUGUUAA